GGUGAUAUACUUCAAGUUCGUUUUAAUUGUAACACGAAAAUAGGAAGUGUUAGAAUCGUUUUAGUACAUGUCUAUACAAUUUUAAUUAUUUUUAUUUACAAUAAAUAAACAAAAAAACGCAAAAUUUUCAGAUUUAAGGUUCAUCGUAUGUAUGAAGUAUGAAGUAUUUAUCGAAUUAUAUAUUUAAAUAAUUUUCAAACUUAAGAGAAUACAUAUACGCGCCUUUGUUAUCUACCCCUUCUGUAUAAUAUUUCAAUAAAAUGAUUGUUCAAAAUUAUUCAAACAUACAAGAUGGUGUACACGUGGUAAGCACCAGGAUGAAUAUGCUGGCAAACAUCCCGACACGUUAUGCAUAAUGAGCAGCAAGGUAAAUGCUGGAUGCAAAACUGUUGUUGCACGAACUAAUAAAAAUAUAUUGGAAAAUAAGCAACAUUUGCCUACAUCUGAAACAUCUCAAGAAGGUCUUAUAUUAUAUGAUAACUGUAAUACUUUAAUAGAAGUUUGCGUUAAAACUAAGGGUCGUAAACGUACAUCAACCAUGGUUAGCAGCAGUUCACCUAGUCAUAAAGGAAUAGAGGCAAAAAAACGACCUAGUAGUAGUGGUGAUUCUCACCAAAGCUGGGGUGGAAUUUUGAGAGAACAAAAUCGGGUAGCUCUAAAGCAAGGUUUGCAACAAUUAACCAAAAGAGCAUCUGGUUCAAAGUCAUCAAAAUGUGGAAGUGAAUCUAGAGAAACUAAAAAGCAUUCCUUAAAUCAUCAGAAGCAUGAACAUAAACACUUGGAUGAAAUUCCUGUAAAACAAUCAGUUUCUCAAAAGAGAAUUGAAGAUCAUAUGAAAUCCACACCAUGUACUACAGUUCCAUCAAGUACCUCUAUACCAAGUACUAUGCAAGCUAUAAUGGUUUGUGACAAAGGUGUGCAGUGUGGUGGAAUACUAGAUUAUUCUGAUGAGAAAUAUGGUGUAUUAAAUCCAGUUCGUACAUUAAACUUUCUGAUGACAGAAUUGAAACAUUUAGUAAAAGAUGAGAGAGCUAAUAAAAUUUUAAAUGAUAUGGAACAAAUACUCUUUAGAAUUCCAAUAGAACCAGGAAAACCAUUUCCUGUGGAUCCAGAAGCUAAGGCACUUUGUACAAAAUUAGAAGCUACUACAAUUCAGUUGGAAGAGACAAGUAGAAAAAUGAAUGCAAUGUGCGAAUCAUUACGCGAGGAAAGAGAUUCAUUGCAAAGGCAAGUUCAUAAACAAGUAUUACUGUUAAACGAAUCUCGCGAAAGACAGUUAGACUUGGAGAGCACUAUGAAAACGUUGAAACAAGAACUAGAAGAAGCAAUAAAAAUAGCCCAAACUAGAGAUAAAACGAUAAGUGAAUUAAAGAAAGAGAUAAAGGGAUAUGAAUUUUCGCAAAAUGUUGUAGCAGAUUUAAGGAUUAAUCUAGCCGAACAAACGGAACUUGCAAGACAAAGGCAUUUAGAAGUGCAAUAUCUAACUCUUGAGAAAGACAAAUUUUUUGCCUUAUCUUCAUAUAAAGAUUCUUUAUUGAUUGAACUUCGUAAUGCUAUCAAGGAGUUGCAAAAUCACAUCGCGGAUCAAUUAAGUGGUUUAAAGAAUAUCUGUAUUCCCGCAGAAGAUGCCAAUCUACAUAUUUCAUUGGUUCACGGAGGUCUUGCAUGUUCAUCGCCUACAUCUAUGUCUUCACAAGAUUCUAAUGUACCUACUUCUUGGCACGAUAUGUCAGACGUUUCUUUGUCUACAGUGGAUCAUAAUCCACCUAAAAAUGGGAAUGUACAAAGAUUUACGCAAAAAACGAGCAAAGCAUUAACUGUUUCGGAAAGUCAAAUGAAAAAUUCGGAUAAGAAACGAAUGAAGAAUGUUAGGGAAUCACAGACUAAAGAUUCUGUCAAUUUAGAGUUUAUUAGCUUACCCGGAGGAGAAUCUUCUCACACACUUUUACCUUCUUACAAGGAUCUUGGUUAUACAGAAAUUAGCCAAUCUGUUAACAAGGGGAAAGAAGAUGUAGUAACAACGAUUGGUAAUGAGAAAAAUGAUGGUUUACGGAACUCUAAGAGUAUCGGUAAAAUAUCAUCGUCGGAACAUUCAAAUUUGUGUCCCGAGAAAGAAACUCGUGUAAAAGAUCCACCUAAAUCUCAACAAUCUUUGGAGCUAAAUAAAAAACAAAGUUCCGGGAAAAAGUUGCAUUCAGCAGAGGAUGUUGCUAACACUUUAAAAAACAAUUUACCUCACAAUUUAAUAGGUUCUAGUAUAACGGAACAGUUUCAAAAUAUGUUCCAUGACAUUAGGGUUCAAAGUAGAAUGCCAGUUAAUGUACCAAGUCCACCAAGGAAUUAUCCCCAUCCUGAUUGGAGCGAUAGUACUUUGCCUAGUAUUAGUACCGCUUCAGAAUUAAAUGUGAUACAAUUGAAUGACACUUAAGAUUAUAUUAACUUUUUCAGCAAAGUAAUAUCAAACAUCGUUACGCAAUUAAAUUAUUCUUUAUCUAAAAACAAAGUUUUAACAAACAUAUAAAUCGAAUUAUAUUUUUGUGACCUCGACAAUUUUACAGUAUAUUUUUAAAUAAUAAUUUACAAGAGAUACAUAUAGUAUAAACUGUAUCAAUUUUUGGCUCAAAAUGUAUUUUCCUACUAAUAUAUGGUGUGUAUAUAUAUAUAUAUGUAUGUGUUUAUUUUUGAUUUUGAUUUAUAAGUAAAAUUUGUACACAAUAAUAUAUAUAUAUAUGAUUUAAAAAAAUAUUGUUUAUAGGUACAAGUUACAUUAUUGAUUAAAAAAGAUGAUACAAGAGGUGUAAGAAGUUACAUGUAACAUAAAUGUUACAGUUAUAUUAAUUGUACAUAAGCGAAGGAAAUCCUUCGGGGUAACACAUUGGUGUUAAUACCAAAGCACAUAGUGUGGUAUUGUUAUUUAUAUAAUGUGAAAUUAAAUUAAAUGGAGAUUUGUAUUUUGUUUAUAAACAUGAUGAUGCAUUCCAUUGACAAUGCAUAAAAGGUAGCAUAAGACUGCACAUUUCUAAGAAAUUAUUGAUAAUUUAAUUGAUAUUUUGAUAAAUAAAAAGAGAUGCGUUCGCUUGUAACAAACAGUUAUUCUUCAUAUUCUCAAUCUACAGUCGGCAAAUUCUUGCUAAGAAACCAGAAGGACAUAAUAUAAAUAUGGCAUGAAAACCCAGAUGUAUAUAUAUAUAUAUAUAUAUAUUUUUUAUCACAUAUGUAUAUAUACAAGUAAAGUAUAAUACUUAUAUUUUGUAAGUCUUUAUAGGAUUAAAAGGGAACAUUUUAGUACACGUAAAACAUUCAUCAAUUUUGCAUAAAGACGUCUUUAAGUACAUAUACAUGUUUCCCAGUAAGCGUGUACAUGUAUACUCUCUUUUCUUCACGAAAAAUUCGAUCAUUCUUUUUAUUUAUUUAUUUUUUUCUUUCUAGAGACCGAGAAACGUUCAUUUACUAACAACUAUCAUAAUACAAAUACAGUCCUAACAUUCGAUACGUGUAAAAUAAGUAAUGUUAAUCUCGAAACGAUAAGGACUGUCUUUGUAUUUGAACGACUUCGAUGAAGAUUGCGAUAAAACGUGAAAUAUUAAAAAUGUUUAUUUAUACGCGUUUGAUUUCACGAACGAACCUUCCUCGAUUAAAUUUCAAACAGACUUCCACUCUAUUCUCAAUAUGUUUUUUAUUUUUUCUUUAAAUCCAUGGAAAAUUACAAAUACGAAUUCUCACGACAUUUUUCUCAUUCUUUCAUCGAAUUGAAAAAAAAAUCACAUUGCAUUCGAAAACGAUGCGAAACACUUGCACUCUCGAAGAAAAUUCCUUCGUAUUCGCGAAAGAUUAAAGUUCCCUUGUCGGAUACGUAUACUUUCACGUACAGGUCAGUACGAUUUUUCUUACGGCAUACUCGAGGUGUCUUAAAAACAUAAACUAUUCAAUUUAUUAAUGUUUCCCGAUGGUCAUCGUGAUUAACCUUAGAAACAGUUAUUCUUAACUCAUGAUAUAAAAGUUUUCUUACCCUAAGAAGAAUGUAGAAAUCGAAGAUCGCAAUUACAUAGUAACAAUUUUUUGAAUUGAAACUCCCGCGAUAACUCGAAACCCUUGUCGAUCGAUAUUUCGAUAAAUUCUUUCUUCUUUACAGUGGAGGAAAUGUACAGAGCAGACGCGUCCUCGUGGUUGCCGUGAAUUCGAAAAAUCUUUCGUCAAAGUACAUAAAUACUUGGGUUCGUAUAUUAUUUCAUUAUUUGUCGUACGAAAUUACCAACCUCUCGGUAAUAAUCUACGAUUAAAUCACGAAUCACAAACGUUUCGUUAUUUUUUUAUGUAUUGUUAUCGUAAUGACUCUGAGGUAAUUACGUAUGUUCAUAAUUUAAGAAAAAAAUCAGCAUUCAUUCAACAUUAUUCUGAAUUCUUUUCGGGAAAUAUAUCUUCAAAUCUUAUUUCAUAUUAUAAAAUGAAAUUUUCGUAUAAUCCCACUUUGUAUCGAUCAUCCCAUCGGGGAUUGUGAGGUUAAUUAACAUCGAUUACCAUUUGAACAAGCGUUUGGCAGUUACAGAAGAAUAAAAAUUUUGAAACUGCUUCGCGCUCGUCUUGUUGAUCAUCAAUGUUAUGUAUAGAAGGUAGUCGCACGUGCUGUUUACAUUUGAAUCUAGACGCGAGGCGGUCGGCUCAUUGUAAAGCGGGUCAAAACAAAAUGGCUUUACGAACACGCAGUUGGCUACGGCGCGUGUUUGGAUACGAAUCGUUCGAGUCGAAUAACGUACGAAAUUGCGUUUAAUCGUGUCAAAUCGGUAGUACUUUCGCGAUCAGGUUACUUAAAAGUGCUCAAAUAGUAUAUUUAUAAAUCGCGAACGUGUUUUUCGCGUGUGUAAAGUUUGUGAACAAGGAAAACCGAGGAUAGAUGAACCGACCACACAGCCAUGGUUACUUCCGGCAUAUCCUUCGAGGGGUCACAGACAUCGAAGGAACUGGCGUACCGGAUAUCGAAGAUCUUCGUCGAUUGCCAAUCGAUACAAGCGAAAUGGGUCUCGGAAAGAGAUAUCGUCGUUGUUAUCAUGGAAACUGAAAAGUCAACCCCGAGAACCUUCCUCUCAUCUUAUCGUACCCGGUCAUAAUAGUUGAGUUUGUGGAUUCAGCAGUUGAAACUAUGUUCAACACUAGCAAAAGAAAAUGUAGAGAAGAACAAUGAAAGCACGGACCAGUUGUUA